AACAAUUCAAAAAAAAAAAAAAAACCGAACCCACAAAAAUUCACCAACCAAAAUCUCGUUUUAAUUUUCCCUGAAAAUCAUUGGGAUUUGUUAAAUUUCGUGGGAAAAUCGAAAAAAGCAAAACCCUAGGAAUUGAAAUUGGGAGAAAAAGAAAACAGCUUUGAUAAAAAUAACGAUGGGCGGCGGUGGAAGUGUGUAUUGGGGAAGAAAUCAAGAAGAGAGUAAACAAGUGAAAGGAAUCGUUGUAAUUUUCGCUUGGGUUUCGAUUCACGAGAAACACCUUAAAAAUUACCUGGAUUUUUAUUCGUCUCUUGGCUGGAAUUCCCUUGUUUCCCGUGCUGAUUUUCUCAACGUAUAUUAUCCUGAGAGGGCUAUGUCCUUAGCAUUUGUUCUUCUUAACGAACUUCUCGAGAAACUAAAGAUUAGAACUUGUCCAGUGGUCUUUGUCGCUUUCUCAGGCAGCCCUAAAGCUUGUAUGUACAAGGUUUUUCAGAUUAUUCAAGAAACUGGUGAAGGUCGGCUUAAUCCGGAAAUCCAGUUGAUUCGGAAUUGUGUUUGCGGACAAAUCUAUGAUUCUGGUCCGGUAGAUUUUGCAAGUGAUUUGAAUGCCCGAUUUGCAUUACAUCCCUCCAUACGUAAAAUGCCCGUACCAUCGAAACUCGUUUCUUGGAUCGCUAAAGGUGUUGCUUCUGGUCUUGACGGUCUUUAUCUAACCAGGUUUGAGUCUCAGCGUACCGAGUAUUGGGAAACCCUUUACUCCUCUGUUGACUUAGAUGCUCCAUAUCUCAUUUUAUGCUCGGAGAAAGAUGACCUUGCACCAUAUCCAGUUAUACGUGAUUUCACCCAAUGCUUACAGGAUCUCGGGGCGGAUGUUGAGAUUGUAAAGUGGAAUGGCUCUCCUCAUCUAGAACACUACAAGCAUUAUCCUAUCCAAUACAAGGCUGCCGUGGCCAGUUUCCUUGAGAAGACAACUUUGGUCUAUUCCCGCAGGAUCCGAAAUCUCAGGGAAAUGAAUGGUAUGCAUGAUGAGAUCUCCGAGUUAAUCUAUGGCCUGCAGAAAGCAGCAGUCGACUCGAACCAAAGCUUUAGGAGAGUUGCUCUUGGUCCUAGUGACCACUUUUUCUUGCCAAGUUCAGCCAAAUAUCAUAAUAGUAGAGAGUCCGGAUCUCUUCAAGAUGAACGGCCAAUCUCUCUACCUGUACAACCAAGCAUCAAUGCUCAUAGUGUCCUCGGCCAAAUUCUCUUUGAUGCUUGUGUCCCUAAGAACAUUGAAGGUUGGGAUAUUAGAUAUUCAGGUUCCAGUAAGGGACAGCCAUUUGCAUCGGCCCGUCGGCGUUCACCUCCCCUUGGUAUCAAGUGCAAUCGUCGUUCAAGACUGUAAAGGUUCCCAAUGAAUCAAAAUCCCAUACCGGAAAUGAAUGAUGCUUAGCUUCUUCUCAACUCGAGUAUCGGAAACGAGGUCCCUGGACUUUUUUUUGCAGGAAAUUGUGUUGGUUUACCUGUUGUGCUGCUUGCUUGUGAUCAUAAUCCUUUGGCUAGAAGUGUACAGGUAGUGUAUAUGAGAACAUAUGCAUAGGAUUGUAUGUAUGUAUGUAUUUUUGGUAAAAUGUAUGUAUAUGUGUUAUGCAUGCAUGCAUGUACAUAAGAGGAUUCUAAGAUAUGUAUGUAUUAAGUGAGAUAUUAUACCUCUGUUUUUAUGAAUUCUAAGAUAUGUAUGCGUUAAGUGAGGCUUUUUAUUAAAUACUUCUAUUCUUUUCUUCA